AUGGAGAUGGAUGAACUGAAUCUACACGAAUGCAUGUCAAAUAUGACAGCAUUACUUAAACAUAUGAAAAGAAAUAAAGUUACUCCUGAAGUGGCAAAGGGUACAGUCCCUCAUGAGUUGCCUGGCUAUAUGUCAUACUUACAGAAGAAGUUAUCUGGUCCUUCAACCAAUCCUAAUGUAAAGUUGUUCAUCAUUAAACUGAUUAUCAAUGCUGAGGAGGUGUUCCGUCCGUAUGCUAAAUUCUGGUUGGCUCCUUUGAUGGAGUGGAUCCUUGGUGGUCAGACUGGUGGUGAUGGCAUUCAUUACAUGAUAGGUGAUAUUGUCGUACUUAUGUUGACAUGGUCAGCAAUUGCAAAACCUGAGGCAGGUGAUAGAAUUUUAGCUAGCCGAUUGGUAGAGUAUUUGAUGCAUCACACUCACCAUUCUAACAGGCAGGUACUUCGUAAUAAUCUGGAGAUGGUGAAAACAGUUGUAGAACUAUGGAGAGACUGUAUUGAAGUGCCUUCCAGGGUUAUCUUUGAAGCAUUUUCUGGUAAAGAUCCUAAAGGCAAAGAAAACGCUACUGGUAUUCAGUUACUUGGUGUGAUUCUAUCCAAUCAGCUACCUCCUUACAGAGAUACAUGUGGCAUUGAUAAAGAUCGGUUUUAUACAACCUUAAGUGCCAACCUUUCUUUUAAAUAUAAAGAUGUCUAUGCUGCAUCAGCUGAGGUUGUUGGCAUGGUGAUGAAAUACAUGGCUGAGAAAGAAAAGGUAACUGACGGUACAUUUCAUGAUAAUGUAUUCAGAGAAAUCUCAUCAUCACAGUCUAGCAGACCAGAAGUUUUCAUAACAUGCAUCUAUAAAGUACAGCUGUAUUAUAAACCAUUUACUGAUAGGUUUAUUAACAAGUUGCUUUUCAUGUUACCACAAAUUCAUGGCCAACCUAAAACCUAUGCUUUAGAGGUGGUCCUUGGCAGAGUAGAUAGUAUUGACAAAAUAUUCCUUGAGAUGAAAAACAAAAGAAUUCUGGAAAUGUUAAGGCACAGAUUAAACGAAGAGGAACUGCUGUACUUAAUGCCAACUGUGGUAUCAUUUAGUAAGAAUCUGAGCCCAGCAUGUAGAGAGACUAUGUAUGAUAUAUUGACUUGGAUAUAUGAUAAUUACAAGGAUGAAGAGUCAAGCACAGCUGCUGAAGUCCUCAGUAUGACAAAAGAAAUUCUUUUGCAAGGACUUUCUGACGAGGAAUCAUAUCUGCGACUUAGGGUGAGUAACUUUUGGAGUCAUGAGACGAGACUACCCGUAGGAACUUUGGAUCGAAUGGUUUCCAUGUUGGAAUGCAUGUACUCACCGGAUGCAGAGAACCAGUUCCUCAGCUAUGCUACAAGUCUGUUGCUGGAGAUGACAUCGAAGAGUCCAGAUUAUAAACGAGAAAUCUUUGAACAUGCAUUGUCAGAAUGUAAAUUUGAAGACUACCAGAUUGAUCAUUCCUGGAAGCGUCGCCAUGCUGCAAUAUCUACCCCUAUGUUUGUAGAAACUCAAUCCACUCAGAUUGGAUCUGAUUCACAGAGUUUCAUAGAAACCAUCGGCAACCAAGUCAGAGCUACACAAGAUGUUCAGUUUUCUGCAACACAAGAAGUUGAUGGCAAGAAGACUGCAUAUAAUUGGCUAACUGGAAGUCAGGAUACAUUUUCUGAGUUCUCAUCAUCAACAGGAACAGAAACCAGUCAGUCAUCAUUGUUAUUCACCAUUGGAACCACUAAGAAAAAAGCAAUCACAAGAAAACCUGUGAGUUCUGGAUUCGGAAAAGAUAAAAUGGGAGCUGGCAAAGACCAAACAGAUAGUACAGAAGACACUAGUCAAACUGACCGUGAAAUCAUGAGACUGAAACGAAGAUUUCUGAAAGACCAGGAAGCAUCAAGAGCAUUCUUUGCUAGAAGAGAAAUAAGACUCAAGAAAAUGAGAGAGGAAGCUCAAAAAGAGCAGAAACUGAGACGACAUAACAUGGUGACACUAUACAGGAGCUAUCGUCAAGGUGAUCUGCCAGAUAUUCAAAUUAAACACAUGUAUCUCAUAGCUCCAUUGCAAGCAUUGGCACAGAGGGAUACAGCUAUUGCUCGUCAGUUAUUCAGUUCAUUGUUUUGUGGAGUGUUUGCUCAGAUAGCAGAAGAGAAAACAGAGAGAGAAAGCGAAGAAAUCAUUAAAAAUAUCAACGAACACUUGAACUCUAUGCUGAGUAAUUCUACCCAGUAUUUCUCGCCUUUUAUUGGAUGUAUUGAGGAUAUAGCAUACCAUAACUGUAAAGAACUCAUGUUGGAUGCCCAAGGAAUCAGUACAGCAUCUCUCAUCAGUCAACAACAACCACUCGGUCUUCUACUUUUGGAAGAGUAUCUUGUUCAGAAAUCUGGAGAGGAGGAGAGAAGCAGAAAAAGGCCAAGAGGAUCAGCGUCACUCCUCUCCCAGGAAAUUAGUACAUGGAUUGAAUUAUCCAGGUUGUACAAAGACCUUGAUAAUUUUGAUGUGCUGCGUGGCAUCUUCAGUGGAAAAGUCGGUACACAGCCUGUAACCAGAGAAGCACUUGAAGCUGAGGCUAGUGCAAAUUAUCAAAAAGCUGCAAAUCUUUAUGAUGAGGCUCUUGGAUGUACUGACUGGCCAGAUGGAAGACCAGAACAAGUAGAAGAAGACCUAUGGGAUGACUGUAGAUUGCAGUGCUAUGAGCAGUUGACUGAUUGGCAGAAAUUAGAACAGGCAUCUACUAUCAACAUUGAUGAUAAUGAUCCUCCUGAUCUUGAUAAGAUAUGGGAUGAUACAUACUACCAGGAGCACUAUUUGCCAUAUGUCAUUAAAAGUAAACUCAAGUUACUGAUGGAAGAUGAUGACACUGACGAUCAGAGUUUGUUGACAUUUAUAGAUAAAUCGAUGCAACAUAAAGAACGAAAAGCUUUGAUUGAGAAUCGUUACAGUGAGGCGCUUGCAAUGUUGUACCUACUACAAGAUGAUUAUGACAGAGCAAGAUACUAUACAGCUAACUGUAUACAGUCAUUCCUACAGGAUUGGUCUGGGACGGAUACUUUAAUGGGAACUAUUCGUUCAUCUAAGUUACAAUGUGUUCAAAAACUGAGUGAAAUGCAGGAGUUUCUAACAUUCAUCACAAAUGAGAGAAAUUUUGAUGAACACAAGCCUGUAUCUGAUUUGAUCAGUAAAUGGACUAAGAGAUUACCAGAUGUGAAACGUGACAGUACUAACACAUGGGAUGAUGUAAUUACAAACAGGGUUUUCUAUCUUCGUAAACUUUUCCAAAAAUCAGGGGAUGCCAUGGAAGGUGAUGACGGCCAAGCAAUGGUGAACGCUAUCUCAAAGGAUAAACUAUUAAUGGAGUUAAAGUUGGUAGACAGUGUUUCACAACAAAAUAACUUUGGUGUUGCUGAGAAAUAUUUGAAAAGAAACUGUGCUGAUGCCCGUGAUGACGAUGCCUGGCGGUUGAUUUGGACACUCAGUUAUGCUAGACUUCAUCAAAAGAAAUGUCUUACUCUACCACCAUCAAAACGUGUUAUUAAUCUUUUAACUACGUUAGAUCAGCUUGGUAUGUUUACUGAAGGCUGUGAACCAUCCUAUAGAAAGCAGCAUGAAAUCCUGAGUGGGCGUUCCUGUCACCUGGUAGCCCAAACCAUACAGGAAGCAGGUGAUGAUAUCUUUGACGUUAUACAUCUGAAAUGUCGAAAGUCAUUGAGAUCUUUGAUUGAAGCAUUGAUUGUAAAUGGAUUGCAGAAUAAAGCGCAUGAAUAUUUCAAAAAAGGUGUCAAGCUGGCUUCUGAUGAGGAGGAUGCUAUUGAUAUGGAUAGAGAAGGCGUUAUUGAUGCUUAUGUUUCUAUGGCAACCUUCUGUGACAAGAUGCUCAAACAGCAGGAACAAAAUGAAGAUGGUGCAGUCAGCAGAAGCUCGAAAAGUCCAUCCUUUCCAAGAUCUGUCGUCUUCCACUUGCUGAAAGCAUUAAAGUUGAAUUCCGUUGAAGCUAUUCAGAGAUUUCCCCGUCUGUUGCAGAUUGUGGAAACAUACACUGACACCAUGGAUACGUUUGUGGAGUUGACAUCAGAGACGCCAUGCUGGAUGUUCUUGGGUUGGAUUGGUCAGAUGCUGGCUUUGCUGGAUAAAGUAGAGUCUAUAUCAGUACAGGGUAUUCUACUGGAAAUAGCAAAUAACUAUCCACAGGCAUUGGUUUAUCCUUUUAAAGUCAGCAGUGAAAACUUUUCAUUUGAGAAUACUGUAACUGGUAAGAGAAACAAAGAGAAAGUGAGUCAGCUGGCAGCCAUCUUGGAUAAUGUGCCAUUGGUAAUGCAUUUUAUUUGUGCAUUGGAGCAGCUUACAAACCCUGAACACAUCUGCAAAGAUUUUACUGAUGAUGUAUUGGUGCCAGCAUUGAGGGCAAGGAACCCUACUGCUGUCAAGAAGGCUGUAGAAGGUUUAUACACAAGAGUUUUUGAUUCCAAGCGACAGUCAUCACAAGAUUCAUUGUUCUCUGAAGACUCAGAUGCUGUUACUCAGAGUUUACCAUUUGGACCUUUUCAAAAGAAGUUUGCUUCGGACUUUGUGAAACCAUUUCAAAAGAGAUUUGGUGAAAGAGGCUGCAAGAUUCUCUCAAUGCAGCACCAGAAAGAGUUUAUGAAUUUCCGAAAUGAAGUUGACCAACUUAUGAGGAAAAAGAAGAUGAGUGCCCCAGGGAAUCUAAGGGAAUACAGUCCGUGGUUGAGUGAUUUCCAGCCUAUCAACUAUGAGAAGGAGUUGGAGAUCCCUGGACAAUACAAAGGACGGAGUAAACCAUUAUUGGAAUACCAUGUUAAGAUCGCUGGUUUUGAUGAAAAGGUAAAGGUAAUGUCUUCAUUAAGAAAACCCAAGCGUCUUACAAUUCGAGGCAAUGAUGAGAAAGAACACAACUUUCUGGUGAAAGGCGGUGAAGAUUUACGUUUAGAUCAAAGAAUUGAACAGCUGUUUGGCAUCAUGAAUGACAUCCUAGCAUUAGAUGCAGCUUGCAGUCAGCGAAGUUUAAAACUUGUAACAUAUGAAGUUAUUCCAAUGACACCAAGGAUUGGAAUUAUAGAGUGGGUAGAUCAUUGUCUUCCACUCAAGGUGUUUUUAUCUGAGGCCAUGACUAAGAAUGAACGAUCUCACUAUGCCAAUACCAGGUUAGAUCAUCACACAUGGGUGGAUAAAAUGGUAAAACAUGUGGGUGACAGAACUAGUCACUGUGUGCGCUAUGGUGAGUUAUACAAGGUGGCAAGUAGAACUGAAAUACUGAAAAAAUUCCAAGACCUUCAUACCCAGGUUCCAUGGGAUGCGCUGAGGAGAGCAUUCCAGAGGUUGAGUUCCUCACCUGAAGCGUUCCUUACUCUACGUGGGCAUUUCGCUACCAGCCAUGCAUUACUGUGCAUUUGUCAGUAUAUACUGGGCAUUGGAGAUCGACACUUGUCUAAUUUUAUGAUUAGUUUAGACACUGGUGCCAUGGUCGGCAUUGAUUUUGGACAUGCCUUUGGGUCAGCCGUUGAGUUAUUACCAGUACCGGAGUUGAUGCCCAUCAGACUCACAAGACAGAUAGUAAAUCUCAUGACGCCAAUGAAAGAGGAUGGAUUAAUAUUAAGUACAAUGGUGCAUGGUUUAAGAGCUUUGAGGAAUAAUCCAGAUUUAUUAUUGAAUACUAUGGAUGUGUUUGUUAAAGAGCCUCAUCUCGACUGGCAGAAAAGAGCUAAAAGCGAUGCAAGCAAAUAUGGAGAUGCCGCUGAAGAUGCCAAUGAAAUGAUAGAAAGGUAUGCAAAAGAUCGCAUCAACAAUGCAAGAAGAAAACUACAAGGUGCCAACCCAUGUCACAUAACAAGGGAUGAACUGAAAAUGAAUAUGAAUAUUAAGAAACACUACUGUACUGGAUACAUUGAUGUGUGCAUGGGUGACAAGAAAUACAGUAUGCGAACCAGAGAACCAGCCACUGGACUGUCUGUAGAAAAACAAGUAGCAUGUCUUGUAGAUCAGGCUAUAGAUCCCAAUAUACUGGGUAGAGCCUAUGAAGGAUGGGAGGCUUGGGUGUGAUAAAGUGAAGAUGAGGGGUUCUUGAAACAGAUCAGGCUAUAGAUCCCAAUAUACUGGGUAGAGCCUAUGAAGGAUGGGAGGCUUGGGUGUGAUAAAGUGAAGAUGAGGGGUUCUUGAAACAG